CAGAGGCGGAAUUGACCGGGGAGAUUAGAAUUCUCUCGCCGGAAAAAAUGGCGGUGAAUAACAACAAAUGGAUCGCUACGGUUGCCAGCAUAUGGAUUCAGUGCACAAGUGGUUCACUCUACACUUUCUCCUUCUAUUCUUCGACCAUCAAAUCCAGUCAAGGAUAUGAUCAGUCAACCCUCGAUAUCGUCUCCGUCUUCAAAGACUUCGGCGCCAACUCCGGUGUCCUCUCUGGCUUACUCUACUCCACCGUCGCCUCUCCGUCCUCCACCAUCACUUUUCGAGGAAGAAGAUGCGGUGGGCCGUGGAUUGUACUCUUGACUGGUGCGAUUCAGUGCUUUGUCGGUUACUUUCUGAUGUGGCUUUCCGUCACCGGAACGAUUCCUCGGCCACCACUACCCUUCAUGUGUUUAUUCAUGCUGUUAGCUGCUCAUGGAGUCACCUUCCUCAACACGGCAAAUGUUGUCACAGCUGUUCUCAACUUCCCUAAUCACAGUGGCACCAUUGUCGGCAUCAUGAAGGGGUUUCUUGGGUUGAGUGGAGCAAUACUACUUCAACUAUAUCAAACAGUAUUCAAAGACGAACCAACCCCAUACAUUCUCAUGUUAUCCCUUCUUCCAUUUCUAAACACUUUGAUCUUCAUGUGCAAUGUAAAAUCCUUCCAAACAAACGAAAUCAACGAAAAGAAACAUCUCAACACUUUAUCACUCAUUUCCCUAAUCAUUGCAGCCUAUCUCUUCUCAAUCAUAAUCAUACAACAAACACUUUCCCUAAACUUACCAACACGAAUCAUCAUCUCCCUUGUUCUUCUCAUCCUUCUAGCAUCACCUCUCUACGUUACACUCAAAUCACAUUCAACUCAAAACUACCAAUCACUAAAUACCAAUCAAGAAAUCUUGGAAGAACAUGAACAUGAACAUGAACUUGAAAAUGAACAUGAAUCUGAAUCCAUCAAACACGACAAGAAUCUGUUACAAGCUAUACGCACAGUAAAUUUCUGGUGUUUAUUUUUUACAACAGCAACAGGAAUGGGUACAGGGUUAGCAACUGUAAACAACUUAGCUCAAGUGGGUGAGUCUUUAGGCUACAGUAGCCAUGAGACUACGACUCUAGCCUCAUUAUGGAGCAUUUGGAACUUUGUGGGCCGGUUUGGUGCUGGAUAUGUCUCGGACCAUGUUCUUUAUACUAAAAAAUGGGGUAGACCGGUGUUCAUAGCCAUCACUUUAGGGCUCAUGAGUAUAGGCCAUUGUGUGAUUGCUUCUGGGUUUCCUGGGGCUCUUUAUGUGGUUUUGUUUUGGUGGGUGUUUUUUAUGGGUCACAAUGGUCGUUAAUGCCUACAAUUGCUUCUGAAGUCUUUGGGGUUUCACAUUUUGGGACGAUUUUUAAUACUAUUACAAUUUCGGGUCCGAUUGGGUCGUAUUUUAUUUCUGUGAGGGUGAUUGGGUAUCUUUAUGACAGAGAAGUGGGUCGAGGGGUGACAGAGUAUUGCAGUGGAACUCACUGUUUUCGGUUGUCUUUUGUUAUUAUGGCGUUUGUGACGUUUAUGGGGUCUAUGGUUGCUAUGUGGUUGUUCUUUCGGACUAGAGGGUUGUAUGAAAAGAUUGUGGUAAAAAGAGAUAGUUGUUCUAGCUGAAUAAGUGGGAGGAUUAUCUUAUUGAUUAGUCGUUUAAGUGUAAGUGUGUGUAGAUAAAAUUAAUGAUGAAAUUUGUUUGUGUGGAAAGAAAUGAAGGGGUUACCCUCUUAUUAUUUUAUCGGGUUAAAUGAUGUUUGAUAAAAAAAAA